AUGACGGGUAAGCUUUUUGGUCAAUCAAUUUCUAUUUUGAUAGAUAUAGGAGCUAUUGAAUGCUUUAUUGAUCCUAAAGUAGUUUUUAAAUUACCUAUUAGACCUGGUUAUAUGUCACAUGCAUGGAUGGUUCAGUAUGAAAGUCGAGUAGAGAAGAGGGUAGAUUCAUGUCUAUUUGGCAGUGAUUUAGUGCUUCCUAAUUUUCAAACUCAGGUUAAUCUAUAUGUAGCACCACUAGGAUCAUAUGAUGUGAUCUUAGGUAUUAAUUGGUUAACUGAGCAUAAAGUUAUAGUAAACUAUGAGGACAAAGUUGUUAGUUGCUUAGAUUAUUAUGGAAAUCCGAUUGAGAUUCAUGGGUCUCAAAAGCCUCUUGAAUUGAGACACAUCUCAGCUAUGCAACUCAAGAAAGCGCAAAGAAAGGGAUGUUCAAUAUUUUAUAUACAUGUAAGUGACCUGGAUAAUGCAAAUAAGAUUCAUAAGGAUUAUCCAAUUCUCAGAGAAUUAUUAGAUGUCUUUCUAGAAGAUCUUACAGAGUUGCCACCAAAGAGAGAAUUUGAUUUAUCUAUUAAACUCUUACCUGGAACUGAGCCACAAUCCAAUGCUCCUUACACAAUGAAUACCAUGGAACUAAAAAAGGUGCACUAUUUAGGCCAUGUUAUAUCUGUAGAGGGAAUUUCUAUUGAUCCUGCAAAGAUAGAGGCAAUUCUAGAUUGGCUAAUAGCUCAGAAUGUUACAGAGGUUUUAAGUGUUAUGGUUCUUGCAUGA